AUGGCUGAGCUGUACAGAGAUGAGCUUGAAUUGCAACAAACUUACAGGCAUUAUGUUUCUGGUAUAAUCUUGUCCAUUGGUAACUUGAACGGAGUAAUAAUGAUUAGACCUAAUGAUUUGUCUUUGCAGAGAAGUAUUUGCUUCAACGUGUUCAGUCUCAAGUCUGAUCAGCUAAUGCAAAUGGAAACACCUUCUGAAUCUCUACUACAUGAACUUCAGACCAUAUGGGAUGAAGUUGGAGAGUCUGAUGUUGAAAGAGAUAAAAUGCUGCUAGAGUUAGAACAAGAUUGUCUAGAGCUAUACAGAAGGAUGGUGGAUCAGGCAAACCGGUGUAGAGCUCAGCUACGGCAAACGAUUGCAGAUUCUGAGGCAGAGAUUGCAAGAAUCUGCUCUGCAAUGGGUGAACGACCAGCACAUAUCAGGCAGUGUGAUCAGAAAGCUGGAAAUCUGAAGGAAGAGCUGAGGGCCAUUGUUCCAGAACUGGAGGAGAUGAGAAAGAGGAAGUGUGAAAGAAGGAACCAAUUUGUUGAAGUCCUUCAGAAAAUACAAAAGAUCUCAAAUGAGAUCUGUAGUUCCACAGACUAUAAUCCCUCCAUGGUUGUGGUGGAUGAAACUGAUUUGUCCGUAAGAAAGCUUGAUGAAUUGCACAGGCAGCUGCAAGCACUUCAAAAAGAGAAGGGAGAACGCCUGAAUCAGGUCCUGGACCACCUUAACACCCUGACCUCUCUAUGUUCAGUGCUUGGUAUAGAUUUCAAGGGCACAAUUAAUGAAGUCCACCCCAGUUUGGAUGAUUUCGAGGGAACAAAGAACAUAAGUGAUGAUUCAAUUGAGAGGUUGGCUGCUGCAGUUCAAACACUACGAAAAGUUAAGAUAGAAAGGAUGCAGAAACUUCAAGAUCUGGCAACGACAAUGUUGGAACUGUGGAAUUUAAUAGACACACCAAUUGACGAGCAGCAGAUGUUUCAGAAUAUCACAUGUAACGUAGCUGCUUCAGAACAUGAAAUAACUGAGCCCAACAUUCUCUCUGAGGAAUCCAUUAUUUACGUUGAGGCAGAGGUAUCUAGACUUGAAGAAUUCAAAGCAAGCAAGAUGAAAGAGCUUGUUCUGAAGAAAAAAUCAGAGUUAGACGAGAUUUGCAGGCGGACACACUUGGUGGCAGAGGCUGAUAGUGCAAUUGAAUAUGCAAUUGAAGAUAUUGAGUCUGGUGCAGUGGAUCCUGCAAGCAUCCUGAAACAAAUUGAGCUUCAAAUUGCAAAUGCUAAAGAGGAAGCAUUUAGCAGGAAAGAAAUACUUGAAAAGGUUGAGAAAUGGUUAGCUGCAUGCGAGGAGGAGUGCUGGCUUGACGAGUAUAACAAAGAUGAAAAUCGCUAUAAUUCUGGUAGAGGUGCCCAUCUAGUGCUGAAGCAUGCUGAAAAGGCUCGUUUGACUGUCAACAAACUUCCAGCAAUGGUGGAUGCAUUGGCAUCAAAAACCACAGCAUGGGAGAAAGAAAGAGGUGUAGAAUUCACAUAUGAUGGUAUUUGGCUUCUUUCUAUGCUGGAAGAGUAUCGUAUUUUAAGGCAAGAGAAAGAGCAAGAACGCCGAAGGCAGCGGGAGCAAAAGAAACUUCAGGGGCAGUUGAUAGCAGAGCAGGAAGUGCUUUUUGGGUCAAAACCAAGCCCUUCAAAGCCCCAGAGUGGAAAAAAGGUACCAAGAACUUCAACCGGUGGUCCAGGCAGCAAAAGAAAUUCCCUUGGUGGAGCAAUGCUGCACACUCCUAAAUCAAAUAUGCUUAACACCGCAAAAGCUACUCAGUCACGCGCAAUCAAGAAGGUUCUAUUGCCAAAUGACAUGCUAAACCACCAUCAGGAUGAAGGUAUUGCGGCUUUGCGUGCAGGUGGGAGAGGCUUGGACAGUGCUGGCCUCUCAAUUAAACAGCACUCCUUGAAAGCUGCAAAUGCUUAUGACACUAAAUCACCCAUGUCACAGAAGCCCUUCUCUCCCGUCUCCAAGGCCAACAUGAACUUCAUGGAAGACAUGAACAAAGCACAGAAAAUGCUUCCAAAUAACAAAACACCAAUGACCACACCAUCCAAGUUGUCUUUUCAUACUGAUGAAGAGAACAGAACCCCCAUGUCAAUGCCGAUUCCGGUGCCCACUACCCCUUCAACUGUGUCAGUACCCAUGCAGACUGCCACAACACCCAUUCCUGCUUCUGUCCUUUUUGUAGCUAAUGACAUAGGAAAGAUGCCUCAAGAGAUUGAAUACUCAUUUGAGGAGAUAAGAGCCGGUUUUAUCCUUCCUCAGACACAUCUGAAGUCUUUUGUUCAAGUUUGAAACAUUGGAUGAACUUGAAUCAAGAUGGUCUUCAUGCAUUUCU